AUGCGGGGCCCGCUUCUCUCCACGCUCCUCCUGGCUGCUCUGUCGCAGUUCUGCUGCAGGGCCCAGGGUACUGGGCUGCUCGACACGGCACCUGAAGGAAGGCCUGGAGAAGCGUCAGAAGUGCACCAUCGUAAACAGUUUUGUCACUGGCCCUGUAGAUGCCCUCGUCAGAAGCCCAGUUGCCCUCCUGGAGUGAGCUUGGUGAGAGAUGGCUGUGGAUGCUGUAAAAUCUGUGCUAAGCAACCAGGGGACACCUGCAACGAAGCUGACCUCUGUGACCCCCACAAAGGGCUGUACUGUGACUACUCAGCAGACAGGCCUAGGUACGAGACCGGAGUGUGUGCAUACCUUGUAGCUGUGGGAUGUGAGUUCAACAGGGUUCAUUAUCAUAAUGGCCAAGUGUUCCAGCCCCAUCCACUGUUCAGCUGCCUCUGUGUGAGUGGGGCCAUUGGAUGCACACCUCUGUUCAUACCAAAGCUGGCUGACAGUCACUGCUCGGGGGCUAAAGGUGGAAAGAAGACUGAUCAAUCAAAAUGUGGCCUGGCAUCGUCACAACAGCAGCUUUCAACAAGCUACAAAACAAUGCCAGCUUAUAGGAAUCUCCCACUUAUAUGGAAAAGAAAUGUCUUGUGCAAGCAACAAAGUGGACCCCUUGCUCCAGAACAUGUGGGAUGGGAAUAUCUAAUAGAGUAACCAAUGAAAAUAGCAACUGUGAAAUGAGAAAAGAGAAAAGACUGUGCUAUAUUCAGCCUUGUGACAGCAAUAUAUCAAACAUGGUAAAGGUAAGGUUUAGCGUUAACUUUAUUAUAAUCCAAUAUUAAGACCCCUGAAAAGUAUGUGUGAAUGUGUG